CCCUUCAAAACCCCACCACCACAUUUCGCUGAAGAACUUCUAGAGGUCGAAGAUGGCUAGAUGGGAUGAAAUUCUCUCUCUGCCAGUGCAGAAUCCGCCAACGUUGGAAUUUUCGUCAACUGAUCUAGUGUGGUCCAAGGUGGAAGGUUGGCGUGAUAAUAUAGAUAGACUUGCUCUGAUCCCAUUUGCGCGGGUGGAUGAUUUUGUUAGAGGGGAAUCAAACAAUAAAGAGUGUCCAACAAGAUUCCAUGUUGAGGCAAGGAGGAGACGAACACCCAAGACACCUUACAAACCAAAAGUUGAUGGAAUUCUUGAAUAUAUCUUGUACUGGUGCUCCUUUGGUCCAGAUGAUCAUAGAAAAGGUGGUAUUGUACGCCCUAGUAGGACUACGUAUGUGCCCAAAAAUAAAUCCGCUGGUAGACCAAAUACAAAGAGGGGUUGUACCUGCCACUUUAUUGUUAAACGUUUAAUCGCAGAGCCAUCAGUGGCACUUAUUAUAUAUAAUCAAGAUAAGCACGUGGAUAAGAAAGGGUUGCCAUGCCAUGGUCCACGCCGCCUCCGUGUCUUGUCUCUCCUUCAUGUUGGGGUAUCUGUGGAAACCAUCAUGCAGAGACACAAUGAAUCAGUGGAGAAACAAGGAGGUCCAUGUAAUCGGGAUGACCUUUUGACCCACAGAUAUGUUCGUCGACAGGAGAGGAGUAUUCGACGAUCUUCUUACGAGCUUGAUGAAGAUGAUGCAGUCAGCAUUAGCAUGUGGGUUGAGAGCCACCAAAAUAACAUUUUCUUUUAUGAAGAUUUUUCGGAUUCUGACCCUUUAAUCCUGGGAAUUCAAACAGAGUGGCAGUUGCAACAAAUGAUUCGGUUUGGCAAUUGCCGCCUAUUGGCAUAUAAUUCGAAUUUUGGUUCAAAUAAGCUGAAGUAUCCUAUUCAUAGCCUUGUUGUGUUCAACUCAGACAACAAGGCUAUCCCAGUAGCUUGGAUAAUCACUCCUAGAUUUGCAAGCAGAGAUACACACAGAUGGAUGCGGGCCCUCUACAAUAGAGUUCGUGCAAAAGAUCCCACAUGGAAGUUAGCUGGGUUUAUUGUGGAUGAUCCUUUGUCUGAUAUCCUAGCAAUCAGGGAAGUCUUCCAAUGCUCAGUAUUGAUAUGCUUUUGGCAUGUUCGUCAUGCAUGGCAUAAAAAUCUGAUGAAGAGAUGCUCAGAGAUGGAAAUGCGUGCUGAAAUAGCAAAACAACUUGGUGAGGCAGUUAAUAAAAUCUGUAAAGGACCUGGCACUGCUAAUGCAUUUGAAGAUUUCAUGCAAAACUUUGUAGAUGCUGCAGAGUUCAUGGACUACUUCAAGGCAAUUUGGUACCCGAGAAUAGGUAUGUGGGCACGUGCCCUGAAAACUCUUCCUCUUGCCAGCCAAGAGACAUGUGCGGCAAUGGAGUUCUAUCACAACCAGUUGAAGCUUAGGUUAUUGAAUGAAAAGGACCAAAGCGUAUAUCAACGUGCUGACUGGCUUGUAAAUAAGCUAGGCGCCAAAGUACAUUCUUAUUUCUGGCUUGAUGAAUACUCAGGGAAGGAGGAUUUUGCACGAUAUUGGAAGGAUGAAUGGAUGAGUGGUCCAACAGCUUGGCGGAAAUCAUUAAGGAUCCCAGAUGCUAAUGUAGUCAUGGAGGGUAAAUGUGCUAAAGUUAUUGAACUGGAGGAUCAAGAUUCUGCUCAUUUAAUAUGGAACCCUGGUUCAGAGUACGCAAUCUGUGAUUGUAGUUGGGCGAAACUGGGGAACAUGUGUGAGCAUAUUUUCAAAAUAAUCAAAUUUUUUCGUGAUAAGGGGUCUAUUUGCCCUUCUGUGAGUAUGUUCCAGUACAGUCAGGCAUUGAUUAAUAUGCUGCAUUGCCCGCCAUUUGAUUCUUUAGUUCGUGAUCAUGCUGUUUCUUUAGCCAUUUGGGUACAGAUGCAGUUGAAUUCGCAAAUCACUCCAAAGAGCAAGGAUGAAGGAAAUACUAUGGAGCAGCAGACUGUAGAGCCGUCUGUAAGCAGCCCAUAUAGAAAUCUGGAUGAUAUUGAUCAGAGUCCUAAUAAAGCCUUAUCAUCUCAAGUUGACAAUCAAUCCAGGGUGAAACGCAAGCGUACAGGCUGUGAAGCAGGGGAUUUUGGUAAUAGUCUGAUCCAACAGCUGACCAGUGAAAAUGUCGAUCAUAAUGGAGCUCAACUUGAGAUUUCUACUCCCGACAUGGAGGUUGAUUCAUCAUCCAUCUGUACUUCGGCACCUCAAUUAUUCUCCAGAAAUGGAAAUACUUCAUUUGGUCUGUUUGUUGAGAAUGAUGCAGAUUUUAUUGAUGGUGACCUGGGUACAAGAAAGAACUUCACAUCUACUGAUGCUGAAUUAAAGGCUACAGAUGGCUUCAAAAAUCAGGAGAAAGACCAUUAUUUAACUUUGGUGGAGGUACCUGAGUCUAUUGCCGACCUUCUAUCUGCUGAUAAUUCUUUAGAUCCACUUGCAGAUACCCUUCAGACUGGAUCAACGGAAAGUGAUGCCGGUAUAAAUAUUAGUUCUACUCCAGUGGAUGUCAAUCGCAAGAUAGACUCUCCUACCACUAAUACAGGCGUUAUUGGUGGACUAACCUUGUCAGAUAGCACGCUUAAUUCCAAUUCCAAGGUUGAUAAUCCAUCUGCACCCAGAGCUGUUGUAUCAGAACCUGUUUUUUAUGAUAAAGCUAUGGAUGUAGUUGAAGAAAGUACACUGGUGGAUGUGGGAAGCAAGAAUGCCAAAACAUCCACCUUAGCUUCUAUAAAUGGCACAAGCCCAUGAGACGUCAAAUGCAAUCUUGCUGGUAAACCGUCCAUGAAGCAAGGACUUCCAGCAAAGCACAUGGACGUAUGCCAAGAAAUGGCACGAGGAUCUAUCAUUACUAUGGAUGCCAGUGAACUGAAUCCUCAAGUUUUGCCAUCCAUGAAGUUGGGAACCCAUCAGGUAAGUCCUCAGCCGGUGUGUCCUGUGCUGCUAGAAGCAGGAACCAAAUGUUGCACAUAAUGAUAUCCUGACAACAUUGGAGAGCAUAAAAUUGCUGAUGAAGAUGUUUUGAGAGAGGGAUGACUUCAAAUCAGCCUGUGCAUGGCUCCCAGCUAGAGGUGUCAAUGCUGCUGAUGCUGUUAAUAGAUAAGGUUGAUGCAUCAUGCAGGCUUCCCUCCUCUCUCUCUCUUAGGCAAACACGCUAACCCCCAAUCGUGUCCGCGUAUCUGUAAUACACAGAUAUCUUUUUGCGUGCAAUUGCUGCUACACAUGCUAUACUCAUAUAUUAUUCUAGAUAUGAGCGUUGUAAUAAUUUCAUAUGCCAACUUGUGAAUGUCUUUGGCCGGUAUUUCUCUCCAAUCUUUA